UUCCGAUCUCCUCCGACUCGCCCCCAAAAAAGGGAAAGAAAUCAAUUCGCUUUCACACCUGGAAAGUCUCAAAAAGAGGAAGAUACAAAUACUAUAAAAGUUAGCUCAGUUUCAUACAUACCCAGAUCGAUUUUCUAGGGUUCGUUUGAUUCUCUGUGAUUGCGACAAGCUAGAGAUCUCUGCUGGUUUUUUUUUUCUAUGGCGGAUCGUGGAUCUUUCGGAUUUGCCCCUCAAUUAGAUAUUCAACAGUUGCUGUCUGAAGCACAACACAGGUGGCUGAGACCUGCUGAGAUUUGCGAGAUUCUUCGAAACUACCAGAAGUUUCAUAUUGCGUCAGAGCCUCCCAACCGACCACCCAGUGGAUCACUCUUUCUGUUUGAUAGGAAGGUGCUCAGAUAUUUUAGGAAAGAUGGGCACAACUGGAGGAAGAAGAAAGAUGGUAAAACGGUGAAAGAGGCUCACGAAAAGCUCAAGGUAGGAAGCAUUGAUGUAUUACAUUGUUACUAUGCACAUGGGGAAGACAAUGAGAAUUUCCAGAGGCGUUGCUACUGGAUGCUUGAACAGGAACUGAUGCAUAUUGUUUUUGUUCACUACUUGGAGGUUAAGGGUAAUCGGAUAAGUUCCAGUGGAAUUAAAGAAAACAAUUCAAAUUCUCUGAGUGGCUCCACUUCUGUGAACAUUGAUUCAACAGCAAACACAUCCAGCACAUUGUCACCACUAUGUGAAGAUGCUGAUUCUGGAAACCGAGAUGGUUGGAUUCAUGGGAAUAGAGUCAAAGAAAGUGACUCACAAAGAUUAGUGGGUGUCCCAGCAUUAGAUGCUUCCUUUGAGAAUCCGUUGGCAAGAUACCAGAACCCACCUUAUAAUCCUCUGUUGACUCAGACAAAUCCUACUAAUACUGGAUUAAUGUCCGUGGAAGGGCAUCUCAGAAACCCUCUUCAAAACCAAGUAAAUUGGCAGAUUCCAGUUCAGGACAGCUUGCCACUACAAAAAUGGCCCAUGGACUCCCAUGGUACUGACCUGGCCUUACAUGAAAACUUUGGGACGUUUUCGAGUCUUAUCGGCAGUCAGAACCAGCAGCAGCCUAUUGGGGGUGGUAGUUUUCAAGCUCCGUUUACAAGUGUUGAAGCAGCAUACAUACCUAAAUUUGGCCCUGAGGAUCUGCUUUACGAAGCAAGUGCUAACCAAACGCUACCUCUAAGGAAAUCACUGUUGAAGAAAGAGGAUAGUCUGAAGAAAGUUGACAGUUUCUCUCGGUGGGUUAGUAACGAACUCGCCGAGAUGGAGGACUUGCAGAUGCAGUCUUCUUCCGGAGGUAUUGGGUGGACCUCUGUUGAAACUGCAGCAGCUGCGUCUUCCUUAAGCCCUUCCUUGUCUAAGGAUCAGCGCUUCACUAUGAUAGACUUUUGGCCCAAAUGGACUCAGACAGACACAGAAGUUGAGGUCAUGGUUAUUGGGACGUUUCUGUUGAGUCCUCAGGAAGUAACUAGCUACAGCUGGGCAUGCAUGUUUGGAGAAGUGGAGGUUCCUGCUGAGAUUCUAGUGGACGGUGUUCUUUGCUGUCAUGCUCCUCCUCAUGAAGUUGGUCAAGUCCCGUUCUACAUCACAUGUUCCGACAGAUUCUCUUGCAGCGAAGUACGAGAGUUUGAUUUCCUUCCUGGCUCUGCGAGAAAGCUAAACACUGUAGACAUAUACGGUGCCUAUACAAAUGAAGCAUCGCUUCAUCUUCGGUUUGAAAAUCUCCUGGCUCGCAUGUCUAGUGCUCAGGAACACAAUGUAUUUGAAGAUGUUGGGGAGAAACGAAGAAAGAUCAGUAGAAUCAUGUUGCUUAAAGAUGAAAAGGAGUCCUUCCUCACGUCGACAGUUGAGAAAGAUUUAACAGAGGUGGAAGCGAAAGAGCGACUUAUUAGGGAAGAGUUUGAAGAUAAAUUAUAUCUAUGGCUCAUCCACAAGGUGACUGAAGAGGGGAAGGGUCCAAAUAUACUAGAUGAAGAAGGACAAGGUGUUCUGCAUCUUGCUGCAGCGUUAGGGUAUGAUUGGGCUAUAAAGCCAAUUUUAGCAGCAGGUGUUAGCAUCAACUUCAGAGAUGCAAAUGGGUGGUCUGCUCUUCAUUGGGCUGCAUACAGUGGCAGGGAGGAUACUGUCGCUCUACUUGUCUCUCUAGGUGCUGACUCUGGAGCAUUGACAGACCCAUCUCCGGAGCUUCCUCUGGGCAAAACAGCAUCUGACUUGGCUUACGGAAACGGACACAGGGGAAUCUCAGGGUUCCUUGCAGAGUCUUCACUCACCAGCUACCUCGAGAAGCUAACUGUGGACGGCAAGGAAGACGCCUCCACUGACUCCUCUAGAGCAAAAGCUGUUCAAACAGUAGCCGAGCGAACAGCUACUCCCAUGAGUUAUGGCGAUGUGCCUGAAACACUGUCGAUGAAGGAUUCUCUCACUGCUGUCUUGAAUGCGACGCAAGCGGCUGAUCGUCUUCAUCAAGUGUUUAGGAUGCAGUCGUUCCAGCGGAAACAGCUGUCUGAGAUUGGGGACAAGAACGAGUUUGGUUUGUCCGAUGAGUUGGCUGUUUCUUUUGCAGCUGGGAAGACUAAGAAGGCUGGAGGACACAGUAGCGGCGCUGCUGUUCAUGCCGCUGCUGUUCAGAUUCAGAAAAAGUACCGUGGUUGGAAGAAGAGAAAGGAGUUCCUUCUGAUCCGACAAAGAAUCGUCAAGAUUCAGGCUCAUGUGAGAGGACAUCAAGUGAGGAAACAAUACAGAGCCAUUAUAUGGUCUGUAGGAUUACUCGAGAAGAUCAUCUUGCGGUGGAGACGCAAAGGUAGCGGCCUACGCGGUUUCAAACGCGAUGCAGUCACCAAGGCACCUGAGCCUGUAUGUGCUGCUCCGGCACAAGAAGAUGACUAUGACUUUCUCAAGGAAGGAAGGAAACAAACCGAGGAAAGACUUCAAAAGGCUCUCACCAGAGUCAAGUCUAUGGCUCAGUAUCCAGAAGCACGUGCUCAGUACCGUAGGCUAUUGACUGUUGUUGAAGGCAUCCGCGAGAACGAGGCUUCUUCUAGCUCAGCUAUGAACAACAACAACAACAACAACAACAAUAGCAAUACAGAGGAAGCUGCGAAUUACAACGAGGAAGAUGAUUUAAUCGACAUUGAUUCUCUUUUGGAUGAUGAUACUUUCAUGUCUCUUGCAUUUGAAUGAUGAUGGAUCCACUCACUGUAUGAUGAUGAUCACAAUGCUUUUUUUUCUAACUUCAUUUAGGUUUUGCAAUGUAAAUACAGCUGGAAGAUCUCUACAUAGCUGGAAGAAUGAUGGAUUUGAUUUAUUAGUUUGGGUAUAGAGACGUGUCCUUUUCAAGUUGUAUGUACCCUUAUGAGAAGUAUAUGGCUUGUGCAUAGUUUCAGUGCGCAAUGCCUUUUGUACACAAACUGGUUUGUUUUUUUUUACAAUUUUACAUGGUGAUUGGUCUUUUUUUUUCCUUACUAUUUACAUAUGUGGUUUCUUCUU